GUGCAAAAGCCGGUAAGAAAGUGGUUAGACUUACCGUUCGAUCGAGCUAAUUUUCUGGGUAUGAUUGGACACAGAUUUACGACCGAGCCUCUCCGCCGGUACUUGAUGCGCUGUCAACGCAUGCUCGACCGUAACUUUGUUGAUGGGCUCCACACACAUUCUUCAUGUUCAUGCAGGAGGACGCAUGCACGAGCCUACCAAACGUAAUGAGACAGAGCAAAGAUAAGAGUACCGUCUCUCUGCUGGAAAUUUGCCGACGUUGAGCUUCGAACUGAAUACUCCACCAACCGACAGUGCUAGGUCCAAACCAUGUGCAGCUACGUACGUCUGCCGAAACCAGAUGCUCAUCUGAGCAUUCCUCUGUGGACGUUUGACAAAAUGUACCCGUCUAUGAGGAAUGCCCUGGCACACUGGAAAGGUAGGAGCCUAAAUCUUCAUAGGAACCGUUGAACUCUGCCAUAGCAUGGCGCGGGAGGUGCGAACCUUUUCUCCCAAGUACGCACAGUCACCGCCGAUGGGAUACUGGAUGCUUCGCGCUGAUUUGCGGAGGGGGAAACGCUGACAUUUGACCGGCCUGGGAAUUGACAGCUUGGUAGAGGGGCGAUUCAAUCCAGAAUGUUGCACUGCACCACAUGUUUCUGCCACGAUUCGCCGAUCAGCUUCUAGAUGGAUUGGCUCAAGCAACUAUGCUGCAGCUUACCAAUUCGGAUCGAUGAGCAGACAUCGCGCGCAUCGCGAUCCAAGUAAGUACCGAUAUGUCUCCGUACUGUAGGCAUAAGAAUGCCGCCGUCACCUCUGGCACACACAAUCGCAUUCGCUCUCUCAAGCUCUAGGCUGGGGCAGAUUGGUAUGCUCCAGACCGCAUCUUGACAUUCAUUCUUCCAACACAAAUCUGAAGCUUGAGGGCAAACAUGGCGGACUCAACAAUGCCUCAGUUUCCUUCGCCCAACAGCGGCUCGUCCAACAUGCCAAUUGCUGUUGUUGGCAUAGGCUGCCGUUUCUCUGACACUGCUACUGACCCGGAGAAGUUCUGGGAGCUGCUGGCAGAGGGCAGAAGCACCAGUCAACCUGUACCCAAGGACAGAUUCGACGCGGAGGCCUACUACCACCCUGACUACGACCAUGCCGGUACAUGUGUUACCACGAGGGGCCAUUUCAUGCAGCAAGACGUCUCCAAAUUCGACGCUCCCUUCUUCUCCAUCACAGCCAACGAAGCCAAGUCGAUGGACCCUCAGCAGAGGAUGGCACUUGAGGUUGCUUAUGAAGCAUUUGAGAAUGCUGGAAUGCGUAUCGAGGACUUGACCGGCUCAAAUACCUCGGUGUACAUGGGUACUUGUACCCAAGACUACUAUGACCUGCUGCUCAAGGAUUCCGAGCCCACCACCAUGCAUUCCGUGACUGGCAUCAGCAAGUCGCUCUUGGCUUGCCGCUUGUCCUGGUUCUUUGAUCUCAGAGGUCCGGCCUUGACCAUCGACACAGCCUGUUCCUCAGCCCUGUGUGGCGUACACCUUGCUUGCCAAAGCUUGCGUACGGGUGAAAGCCAAACAGCCCUGGUUGCGGGGACCAACCUGAUCUUCGCCAUCGACACCAUGGUCUCUAUGUCGGCUAUCCAUGCUCUCAGCCCGGAUGGACAAUGCUACAGUUAUGAUCACAAAGCCAACGGGUAUGCCAGGGGGGAUGGUAUCGCUGCUUUGGUCCUCAAGCCCCUCGAGACAGCUCUCAAGGAUGGCGAUGUUAUUCGUGGGGUUAUUCGUGGCUCGGCUAUCAAUCAAGAUGGUGGUGCUUCGGGUAUUACCCUUCCCAUCGCUGCCGCCCAGGUCGACCUCGUCAACACGGCAUAUGCCAAUGCAGGUCUUCCACUAGAUCAGACCGCUUACUUCGAAGGCCAUGGAACUGGCACAGUCGCUGGCGACCUACAAGAGACCACUGCCAUGGCGAAGACCAUUGGUCGAGUCCGAUCCAAAGAAACUCCCCUCUACAUCGGAUCGUCCAAGACAAACAUUGGGCAUAUCGAAGGCGCAAGUGGUCUUGCAGGCCUGAUCAAGGUCAUUUACUCUUUGGAGCACGGCAUGAUCGCUCCCAACGUCAAAUUUGAGCGCCCGCCUCCUUCGAUGAACUUUGAUGAGUGGAACCUCAAGGUAGCAACAGAGUUGACGCCAUGGCCGCUCGAAGGUGUACGCCGUGCCAGUGUCAAUGGCUUCGGCUUUGGUGGAACAAAUGCCCAUGUGAUUGUCGAUGAUGCUUACCAUUUCUUGAAGGAGCAUAACCUCAAGGGCAGACACAACUGCAUCGUUACCGAUCCUGGUAGCUCACCGAACUCCCCUACCGACUCAGGGGUUGGUACUAUGGCUUCAAGCAUAGAGCAGCUCUCAGACCCUUUCGAGGGCAGCUUCAAGAACAAGUACGCUGGCCUAAACACUCAGCCCCGGCUUCUCGCAUGGUCGUCUGGCGAAAAGAAAGGCCUGGAAAGGACGCUGGCUCAACUGUCAGACUAUGUCGGCCAGAAAGCAGCUCAUGGCUACACCUCUGAAAUCGUGGACAGGCUGGGCCUCACGCUUGCUACGCGAAGAAGUGUCUUCCCAUGGAGGACAUUCUCGAUCGUGUCAUCUUUGCACGAUGCUGCCACUCAGUUGACUGAUGCAUUGGCCACCCCCAUUCGAGCCAAGCAAUCUACAGACAUGGCUUUCAUCUUCACCGGCCAAGGUGCUCAGUGGCAUGCCAUGGGCCGAGAGUUGCUCUCCUACAAGGUCUUCUAUGACAGCCUUACAACCUCGGACGAGGUAUUGCAAUCGUUGGGCUGUACCUGGUCACUCUUCAAGGAACUUAUCAAGAGCAAGGAAGACUCAAGAAUCGACGAGACAGAACUUAGUCAGGCUUGCUGUACGGCUCUUCAACUGGCUUUGAUCGAUCUUUUACGCUCAUGGGAGGUUCUGCCAAAAACAGUCAUCGGUCACUCGAGCGGAGAAAUUGCAGCAGCAUAUGCAAAGGGUGCCAUCAGCCGUACAUACGCCAUGAAAGCAGCUUACUAUCGUGGUGUGUACGCCAAUAAGUUGAAAGAGGUAUCUCCAGACUUGAAGCUGGGUAUGCUUGCUGUUGGCGUUGGCGAGGGCCAGAUCAAGCCUUACCUUGAACCGGUCAAGGACAAAGUCACUAUUGCUUGCUACAACAGCCCUUCGAGCUUGACAUUAUCCGGUGAAGUCAGCAGUCUCGACCAAGUCGAGGAGGCGCUGAAAACUGAUGCUAUUUUCGCUCGCAAAUUGAAGGUGAACGUCGCGUAUCACUCGACGUACCUCAAGACGAUCUCCGACGAUUACCUGGCUGCCUUGGGCGAGGAGAAGCCCCUCACAAACAGCGAUGACAUCAAGAUGGUGUCGACAGUAACAGGUCUUCCUGUUGAGAGCUCCAGCCUUCAGACAUCAUACUGGGCCAGCAAUUUGUUGUCUCCUGUCAAAUUCGACCAAGGCAUGCAGAAGCUCUUGAAAGACGGAUCUGCGGACUUGCUGGUUGAAAUUGGACCACAUGGUGCACUCCAGGGACCUGUCAAGCAAAUAUUAUCAGCUGCCAAUCUAGAACUUCCUGCCAUGUCUUUGCUGGAUAGGAAGCGUGAUGCUGCCGUCUCCACGGUGGAAGCCAUGGGCCGACUCUGGCAGUAUGGAGUUGACAUCAACGUGCCUUCCGUCAACAGCCUCCAUGGCAUACAAACCGGCACACCUACUCCUUUGGUCGAUCUUCCACCGUAUGCUUGGAACCACGAGAACAACUACUGGUGCGAAUCCGCAAUAUCGCGAGAUGUACGCUUCCGACACGAGAAGCGACAUCAUCUCCUGGGAUACCUCAUCCCAGGCGCCGUGCCAAACGAGCCCUUGUGGAGAAAUCUGCUCCGGAUCUCCGAGAGUCCAUGGCUGCAGCACCACAAGAUUCAGGGCACGAUUCUAUAUCCUGCAGCUGGCCUUAUUGUCAUGGGAAUUCAAGCAAUGUGGGAAUUUGCUGGCUUCCCCCAAGACAUUGCUGGCUUUGAGCUUCGGGAUGUCAAGAUUGAAAGAGGUCUGGUCGUACCAGCCGAUGACUCUGGCGUUGAGACCAGUCUGCAACUGAAGCCACUCAAGGUCGGAACGGCCUCGAACGAGGUUGUCUGGCAUGAGUUUACUCUGUACUCGAGGACCAACAGCGACAUCUGGCAGGAGCAUUGCGCAGGUUUGAUCCGCCUCAAGCCUAAGCAGCAAGCCAAUGCACUCUUCAACGACGAAGAUGCCGCUGAGAUGAAGCGCAUGAAAGAACGACAUGCGGAGAUCAAGUCCAGAUGCACCAAGUCUGAAUAUCCACGGCAGUUCUACGAGGCUCUGUCGACAAUGGGAUACCAGUACGGCAGUGUCUUCCGAGGCUUGAGUGAGAUCAAGUACGGCUACAUGGAGAGCAGUUGCGUGUGUACGGUGCCAGACACCAAGGCCACCAUGCCGUUCAACUUUGAGCUGCCACACAUUGUGCAUCCAGCAUUCCUCGACAGCAUCUUCCACAUGCUCCUGCCAUCGCUUAUGCCAGAGGGUAUGCACAUGAGCGCUGUGGGAGUGCCGACUCAUUUUGAAUACCUGUAUGUCGCCGCAGACAUCAGCAAGAAUCCAGGAGACGACGUUAUCGGCUACUCCGAAGCUAUUCCUCCUCUGAGUCGAGAGACUCAUGGCAACCUCGUCGUCAUGGAUGCUGACCUCACCAAGCCAGUCGUUGUCAUCGAGAACCUCACCUGCACGGCUGUGGCUUCAGCCGGUAACGAACAGGAUGCGACCCGCCAACUUGGCAGCAAGCUCGUAUGGAAGCCCGAUGUCAACGAACUCGGACAGACAAUGGCGCCGGCUGAGCUCGACACCAUCACCACCCGACUUCUUGUCGAAUACCCAGCUGUCGCAGAAGAGCUCGAAUUUGCUGGUCUCACCUAUGCGAAGCGUAUUCUGAAUGCUAUCACUCCAGAGCAGGCCAAGUCGUUGAAGCCACACCACCAACUCUUCUAUCAGUACUGUCAGCACAACUUUGAGCUUGCUGCGCAGGGCAAUCUGCCACAUCAAGGCGGAGCUCUUGACUGGAUGAACCCGUCCCCUGAGAUGGAGAAGGAGAUUCUGGCUCGUGUCUCACAGGCCACGAAUGAUGGCCGUCUGCUGUGCCACCAAGGCGAACAUCUCGUCGACAUCCUUCUUGGCAAAACAGAGCCUCUGGAAAUCAUGAUGCAAGACAACCUCCUCGAUGCUUACCACGGACACCAUCUAGGCUGGGAGAUUGCCCAUCAUCAAAUGGCGGAGUAUCUUGACCUACUGGCGCACAAGAACCCGGAUCUCAAUGUCCUCGAAAUAGGCGCUGGGACCGGUGGUACGACACUUCCCAUCCUGCAGAAGCUCGGUGGUGAGAAUGGGGAAUCACCACGUAUGCGCUCUUACUGCUACACUGAUAUCACCACCGGCUUCUUCGAGGCAGCUGCAGAGAAGUUCGCGCCUUGGGUUUCGUACAUGCAAUUCCAGAAGCUGGAUGUCGAGCAAGAUCCCACCGAGCAGGGAUACGAAGCCGGCUCUUACGACGUGGUCAUUGCCUCCAACGUUCUUCAUGCGACCAAAUCCAUGGAUGAAACCAUUGCUCACGUCACUACUCUGCUCAAGCCAGGCGGCAAGCUGAUUUUAUACGAAAUCACUAAUCCCCUUCAGAGAGUCUGCAUGAUCUUUGGCUCACUGCCUGGAUGGUUUGCUGGCGCAGAUGAAGGAAGACGACUUUCGCCCUGCUUGACUGAGAAGCAGUGGACGGAUUUGCUUCAGCGCCACAGUUUCUCCGGCAUCGAUGUGUCUGCCCGCAGCAUGCCUAACGACAAGGACUAUAUGCAGAGCUUCAUGGCAUCGACCAAGAAGACCGAAGAAAUGAAGACAGAGUUGCCAGCAGAUGUCGUCAUCAUUCAACCUGAGAACGCCGAGGUGAACAAGGGUUUGAACGAGAAGUUGACCCAGGCUUUGCAAGCCGUCGGCGUCCAAGCUACCUGUCAGACCAUGGCGGAUGCUUUGGCUGCAGGAGUGAACAAGAAAUUCUGCAUCGUCACAUUGGAGGCAGAAUCUCCAUGGCUCAUUGAUGUCGAUGCCAAGUCGUUCGACAACCUGCAAGACCUGAUUGUGCGAUCUAGGCGACUCCUGUGGCUCACCCGCGGCGCAACAGAUGGACAAGAACCAGGAUCGAGCCUUAUCACUGGCCUUGCUCGAGCUAUCCGAGCCGAGAAUCCCGGACUGGUGCUGGCGACCUUGGACCUUGAUCCUCGGUGGCACUGUGACGAGCAGGCGAAUAUCGAAUCUAUCAUGAGAGUCUUUGAGCUUUCCUGCGAGGAGAAGGAAGAAGCGGACCCAGACUGGGAGUACGCUCUUCGUCAUGCUGCGCUCGAGAUUCCAAGAUACACGCCAGACGCUCCGACCGAUGCUAUGCUCCAAGCGAUGACAACUCAACGUCAGCCGGUGCCUGGACCAUUGAAACAAGGGGAGCGUUCAUUGAAACUUGAGAUUGGCGCACCAGGUAUGCUCAGCUCUCUCAGAUUUGUCUCGGAUGAAAAGUUGGUCGAGCCACUUGCGGAUGAUGAGGUCGAGAUCGAGGUCAAAGCCACUGGUCUCACACCGAGAGAUGUGCUGAUUGCCACCGGUCAAGCACCGCUUGAUGAAGUCGGAUCUGAAUGUGCCGGGAUUGUGACCAAGGUCGGCAGUGCGGUUACAAAGGUCAAGCUUGGAGACAAAGUUGUCACCUGGCAGCGGCAUGAAGGCUGCUUGAGGACUCAUCUGCGGAACAGCGAAUCUUGUGUUCUUGUCAUUCCAGAGGGCUUGACGUUCGAGGAUGCUGCGUCAGUACCGAUGGCUUUUGCGACAGCAUGGUAUGCCUUGAGUUUGCGAGCACGGCUGGCCAAAGGCCAACGGGUGCUCAUCCACAAUGCAGCCAGCGCUGUUGGCCAGGCGUCAAUCAUGGUCGCUGAGCAUCUUGCUGGAGAAGUUCUCGCCACCGUCUCGACCGCCGAGGAAAAAGCUGUCGUUGAAAAAUACAACGUCAAGCCCGAGAACAUUCUCAAUGUCGCUGACGCAGAAUUCGUCAAGGGCGUCAAGCGUCUCACCAAUGGCAAGGGUGUCGAUGUGGUUCUGAACUCCCUCACCGGCGAAGCUCUUCGCCAAACGUGGCAUUGCGUGGCUCCGUUCGGAUACUUCAUCGAGCUCGGACAGCAGGAUAUCCUUGGCAACACAGGCCUGGAUAUGGGCCCCUUCAAGCACAAUGUGACGUUUAUUGGUGUCAACUUGCAGGAGCUGUGCCGCAGCAAUGAACAGCUUGCCGCUUCACUGUUUUGUGAGGUCUGGGAACUCUUGAGCCUGGGACAGAUCAAGCCACCUCAAGGUUUGUCGACAUUCAAGUACUCGCAGAUGGAGGAGGCGUUCAAUGCAAUGCAGGCGUCGAACAUUGGCAAGGUCGUUGCGACCGUCGAGGAUGAAGAUGAGGUUUUGAUCGUGCCUCCUGGUAUUCAGGCAUUGAACUUUGACCCGAAAGCUAGCUACGUGCUCGCUGGCGGCUCUGGCGGUAUUGGACCGCUGAUCGCCGCCUGGAUGGCUGACCAUGGGGCGAAGAACCUCAUCGUCCUGUCUCGUUCUGGGAUCCAGAGACCUGACGCCAAGGAGGUGUACGACGCUCUUGGUGUUCGUGGCGUCGCUGUCAAAGAUGUCAAAUGUGAUAUCACCGACCCUUCUGCCGUGGCUGCGGCAGUUGAAGAAUACCAGAAGACGAUGCCGCCAGUCAAGGGCGUCAUCAUGGGCGCCGUCAAGUUGGAAGAUUCGGUGUUUGACAACAUGACUUAUGCCAACUGGAAGAACUGCCUUGAUCCGAAGGUCAAGGGUACUUGGAAUCUGCAUGAGGCUAUGCCGAAGGAUAUGGACUUUUUUGUGUGCUUGUCGUCCAUUGGAGGGUCCGUGGGUAACCGUGGUCAGGGCAAUCACGCUGCUGAGAGUACAUACCAAGACGCCCUGAUGGAGCAUCGCCGCAAUUUGGGCAUGGCAGGAUGCAGCAUCGACAUCGGCACGAUCCUGGGCGUAGGCUGGAUCGCCGAGAACAUCGAAGCCGCAGCCAUGGCAUACCUGCGGUCCAUCCAGUAUCUCGGCAUGCGGUUCGAUGAGCUCUUGCUGCUCAUCCAGGCGGCUAUCACCGGCUACACGAUGGAAGGUCACAAGACACCUACAGUGCUCGCAGCUGGUCUAGGCACAGGUGGAUUGGUCCUGCAACACGAUGUGGACCCGCCGUUCUGGUUCGACGACGCCAAGUUCCGACAUCUCCGGAUGGUCGGGACGCACUCGAACGACGCUGGCGGCGACCAGGAUGGAGGCAGCGUGCCUGUCUCGGCACAGCUCAAGGCUGCGACGUCGCUCAACGAAGCCGGCGAGCUUGUGACGAUGGCGAUUACGAACAGAUUGGCGAAGCAACUGCUCAUGUCGCCGGAUGACUUGGACUCGAUGAAGCCGAUCAGCAGAUUGGGUGUGGACAGCUUGAUUGCCGUCGAGUUACGGAACUGGAUCUUCCGAGAAGUCGGCGCAGAUGUGGGCAUGUUUGAAAUCCUGUCCGAGGAGCCCAUGUGUAAUCUUGCGGUCAAGAUUGCAGGAAUGUCGAAGUUCUUGCCCAAGAGCUUGAGCGAGGGAGGUCAGGAUGAUGGCAAGGAUAAUGCAUUCGAGGUUAAGGGGGCGAUCACGUCGAGUCACUUCCCGGAUUUGACGCAGGGAGUUGUUGUAUAGGUCUGCGUCGAUAUGGACAUGGAGAGUACGAUGGUCAAGUAAAUGACUCACGAGGCAAUGAUUGGUUUUCUUUUGGUUGAUAUGGGAUGGUUCGAACGUUGACGAUUUUAUGUAGCGAUUUUCCACAAGAUGCAACAGUACUACAGAUUGAAAUUGAAAGUGAAAUUGACAUAGCUUGGACACACGAGACUAAAGAGUUGAACCAUUG